UACCGUAACAAGCAAAUGAUAAAAUAGUAGCCAUCUUUGAUUUGACAGAUAUAUUGGCCAGCAUAAAUCUAGAGUGUAAACAUCAAAAAUAGAUCUACAUCACAGUACCCAUGGCUAGAUCAAACGUUCGUUAUGAAGUGCUUCCGUCUGAGGAACAGAAUGUCCCAGCAGAACCAGUAGCAAUGACUAUGAUUAUACCACCACCAGGAUAUACUGAAAGUGCCGUCAUGGAGCAGCAAGGGGAUAUUCCAGCUUAUGGUCCAGCUAAAUUGCCUAAUUACUUGGAUGCCACAACUCUACCCACCUAUGAAGAGGCAGAGAGGUCUAAGCUGGAGCAGGAAGCUGCUGCUGUCUCAAGUGGUCCGACACUUUCUGAAUGUGAAGGCGGAAGGCUGACAGGGUCAGAUGGUAUACCUGAAAUAGCUAUUGGCACAGAUGGGAUGUUCAUUUGCACAUUCUUGAUUUCCUUCCUUUUCAACUGGCUUGGUUUCCUACUGUCUCUCUGCUUAUCAAACACCGUUGCUGGGAGAUGUGGUGCUCUAUCAGGGCUCGGCUUAUCCAUAGUCAAAUGGGUGGUCAUUGUGAAGCACAACAAUUGGGGCAACAAUGUUGCAGAUGCAGAUUCUUGGCUGUGGUGGCUUCUAGUUCUUUGUGGCUUUUUACUUUUCGUCAGAGGAUCAAUUCAGUAUGUCAGAGUAAAGUACGAGUGGGCUCGCCUCAGUGGACACAUUCGUCAUUUUAGGUUAAUUUAGACAAAAGUUGUCUCCAUUCAUUCAAGAAAUAUGAUGCUUAAAUAAUUGAUGUAGUCUUCUCUCUAGCUACCCAUAUCAAAUCCUAUUUAUGUGCUUUGGGUUUUUUUUAUUAUUAGUGGUCUUUAUCUUACUUGGUUAAGGUAUUACUACUCCCUCAAUUGUUUGUUUCAGAAAUUUUAGUUUUCCUCCCUUAACCGUAUAAAAAUAAAACUGUCCAAUUUUGUUUUGAGUGCCAAAACCUUGAAGCAAAGUUCUAAAAAGUAUGUUUUUUUUUUUAAGUUAAGAACAAUCCUCAUACACUGUAUGGUAGGCUCUAUAUAUUUUGUAAAAUAAAUUAUUGGAUGUACAUUUUUUU